UCACCACAAGGAUCCAACGACACCGCUCUUGCUGCCUUUGCACAACUAGGAGCCUUACGUCUGAAUGCUGCGCGAUGCUUUGUUUCCCUGGUGUCCUCCUCGACCGAAUACGUACUGGCUGAAAGUACGAGGACGCUAUCCUUACAAUACGACGGCACUCACGACAAAAGCGAUGGACUCUUCUUGGGCACGUCUGCCUUUCCACGAGGAGAGGCAAUUACACAAACCGCCAUGCGCGAAUGGCGCCGCUGUUCGGAUAAUUGGCUGAUAGUCAGUGACGCCACUCUGGAAGACCAGUACUCAAAACUCCCAUUCCUACAAGCAUUCUCAGCCACGCCAGUUCGGUUUCUAUGCGCCGUUCCAAUCAGAUCAUCCCUGGGAAGUGUGCUGGGCACCUAUCUCGUAGUCGACGAAAAGCCACGCUAUGGACUCAGUGUUGCUGAAAUGUCCUUCCUUGAGGAUAUGUCGCGAACCAUCGCAAAACACUUUGACGUUGUUGCAGCAUCGGCGCGCCAGCAGAGGGCAGAAAAGCUAAUUCAGGGCAUAGGUCUUUUCAAUACUGGAAAGGACAGCUUACGAGCAUGGUGGCUUACCCAGGACAAUGAAAAGAGUGGUCGAGCGAGAGAUUAUGAGAGACGGUCGACGCGAACUGCAAGUGUGCAAGGUGCACCGAAUGAUACCUCUGUGAAAGAUUUCGCAGACGGCAAGAAUGAUGACAGGGGUGACAGGGGUGAAAAGAGUGACGGACAGGAAAAAAGCAGAUCCCAAACCCAGACCACGUCCAGUGAAAAACACUCUGCAUCAAGUCAAGGGGGAUUACACCGAGCCGAUUCGAAGACGCAACGCACACCCAAUUCCAAAAAGUCUUCAACCUUCAACCUAGAGGCGGAGGUCCAAUCAAGUUAUGCUCGCGCCAGCAAUUUACUCCGUGAGGCUCUUGACGCCGAGGGAGUAUUGUUCCUGGACGCAAGCAUGGCCUACACGCUCGAUUCUGUGACAGCCGCGAUGCACGAGACUUCAGCAACAUCCGGAACAUCGGCCCCCAGUACAUCAGAGAUGGAUCUUGAAUCUACCGACACGGCUAUGGAUAAGACGAAAAUCAGUACUUGCAAGGUCUUGGGCUUCUCAACGCGUGCGAAAUCAAGCUUGAAAGGCUUCCUGCCAUCAAAGAACCACCUUGGCCUAUCUAGAUCGUUCCAACGGCAACUGAUGAAACGAUAUCCUGGCGGUAAUAUAUUCAAUUACGCCGAAACUGGCGAGUCUCACUCUAGCUCAGGUGAGGAGGGGUCGUCUGGUGAGCCCGCUCAGGGUGUUCCCCUGAAUGCUUCAACUGGUAAACCCAAGUCAUCUCGGUCUCGAUCAGCGAAAGAUGGAGUGGUGCUGAGCGGAAUAUUCCCUGGUGUCAGCAGUGUCAUAUUCUUGCCAAUAUGGAAUGCUUCCUCUUCACGAUUCAGCGCGACAGUCAUGCUAUGGGACACUACCCCUCUCCGCCACUUUGACAAGGCCGAAGAUGUAACCUACCUCCGCGCAUUUUCCAACAGCAUUAUGGCGGAGAUGAAUCGUUUUGAGACAAUGGCUGCAGACCAGGCCAAGUCAUCGUUCAUCUCGUCUGUAAGCCAUGAGCUCCGAAGCCCCCUGCAUGGUGUUCUCGGUGGCGUGGAGUUCUUGGAGGAAUCCAAUCUUGACUCGUUUCAGAAGGACAUGGCUCGUUCGAUCAAGAUGGCAGGGAUCACAUUGCUCGACACUGUCAAUAAUAUCUUGGAUUACGUCAAGAUCGAAAACGACGGACAGCAACAGACUCGGCAUUACAAGGCUGGAUUGGAGCGAAAGAGUAGCAAUGCUAUCCUCGAUCAUGGGCAUGAGCUCAUGAAUCUCAGCAAGUUGACCGAAGAUGUCGUGGAUACCGUCAUCACGGCAAAACGUUUCGAGGCAUUGGCAACCAGUAUUGAACCUUCCUCGAACUCUACCGACACCGACAACGCACCCAGCCCGGUCUCGGUCUCUCUCGUGAUGCAUCAGCUCCCUCAUUGGUGGAUCAGGUUAUCGCCCGGCGCAUGGACUCGAAUAUUGACCAAUCUCGUCGGAAAUGCCUUGAAAUACACCAAACAAGGGUCUGUCCGGAUAAGCAUCAGCGUAGAGGAUAUUGUCGAGACGACAGAAGAUGCGGAUCGCCGACCUAUCGUCCUUGUUAUAGAAGACACUGGCAUCGGCAUGUCUUCUGAAUUCUUGCAGACAGGGUUGUACACACCUUUCCAGCAAGCAGAUUCUCACGUCAAUGGAACCGGUCUCGGAUUGAGCAUUGUCAAAAGCUUGCUUGCUGGUUUAGAUGGUAAGAUAUGGAUUACGAGCGAACCUGGACGAGGUACCAGAGUCCAGGUCAAUUGCUUAGUCGACUUUGUCAAGGACCCGCCCAGCAGCACUGGCUCCGAUGAUGAGUUGGCCGGAGCAUUUGCUGCUCUACAUCAGCAACGCAUCUGCCUCUUGACUGCUGGAGAAGAAACGACUGAUCGUCUCUCUGCCGUCAGAAAUGACUUUUCAGAAGUCUGCGUUGCGGGUCUGAAUGCAACGCCAUCUCUGGUUUCGUUUGCAGACUCCAAAAAUCUCGGUGACUUCAACGUCGUAGUUGAUACGGAUUUGAUUGCACAGCAAAAACAGGAUCCUACCUAUCUGGAACACCUUUCUCGAAGUGCGACCAGCUCGCAUCGUCUCAUAGUGCUGAGCUCCUCGAUUCACGACGACACUACAGCACGUACACGCCAGAUUAUGGGUAAAUUUUGUACUCUUGUCAGCCAACCACUCGGUCCUCGCAAGAUCGCUCGUGCUAUCACAAGAAGUAUGGAGGUGUCGAGUACUCCAUUGGGAGCGCAAGGCAGUGAGCUCAACCCAGCUCGUGGCUUUUACUCCCCUCAAAGUGGCCGACCUGAUGGUCGAUGGAGGGAAAUGUCGCAAUUACCAUCAGCGAACGAUCGCAACACAACCCCACCAGCACCAUCAUUAGAAUCAAAUGAUUCUUACUUCCCAGGCAUACAAGUAAACAAAAGCCAACGCACAGAAACUUCGGAAACACCUAGCACUGAGCUACCAGAUGAAUCUCCUCCAAAAUCCAUCCUCCUGGUCGAAGACAACGAAAUCAACAUGAAACUCCUCGUCGCCACAGUUAAACGCCUGAAACUCCCUUACCACUGCGCACAAAACGGGCUCAUCGCACUAGAAACCUACACCGCAAACCCCUCAUCCUUUUUUCUCAUGUUGAUGGACAUGUCCAUGCCGGUCAUGGAUGGUUUCAAAGCUACUACACAGAUCCGCGCGUUUGAGAAAAGGGGUAAGCUGCAGAGGUGUAGGAUUGUUGCGCUCACGGGUGUUACGGGGGAUAGGGCGAAAAAGGAUGCCAUGGCGAGUGGGGUUGAUGAGUUUAUGGCCAAACCGAUUUCCAUGAAGCAGGUUUCUAGGAUUGUGGAAGGUCUUAGAGAUGGGUGA